CCAGGCACCGCGAAAUGGCUCCUGCACGUACGACUAAACGGAGACGGGUGAGCCCUCCUGGAGAUGAGGAGCGUGGCUCCAAAUCCUCCGGUGGUGCGUCUGCCAGCGACUUCUACAGCAAUGCCGCCGAGUGGGACCUUGAACAAGACUAUGAGCAGCGCCCGCGCAAAUUGGGCAAGAAGGACAAGGAACAAACGAGACUGCCUAUCAAGACCGCGGAAGGUCUACAAAAUGUGGCGGAACCGGAACCUGAGGCAGAGGCUGAAGACUCCGACAGCUUUCUGGGUACCGAUGACGACGAGGAUAUGGAGGAUGCGGAUUCCGAUGAAGAUGAGGAAGAGGUUGAAGAAGAGAAGCCGAAAAUCCCAUUGAAGCUGCAAAUCAUCCAGACCAAGGAGGAACUUGCGCGACUUGCUACGUUAAUCAACGAAGAUCCGGAAGAGAACAUGCCGCUCUUCAAGACAAUGGCCGAAAUCAUGGAGAGGGGAGAACAUGUUGCGAUCAAGAAACUGGCCUUGGCCGCCCAGGCCGCAGUGUACAAGGACGUUAUUCCUGGCUACCGAAUUCGACCCCUCGGCGACGAAGACCUGUCCGCGAAAAUCUCCAAGGAAGUGCGCAAGCUACGGACCUUCGAACAAUCUCUCCUGUCGAACUACAAGCAUUACAUCCAGAAGCUGGUGGAACUCACGAAACCAGCCAAGAAGGACGGACCCCAGGUGGACCCUGGCCUCAAGAGCAUUGCGAUCAACUGCGCCUGCAACCUUCUCCUUUCCGUGGCGCAUUUCAACUUCCGUGGUGAGCUCUUAAAGAUCCUCGUCAACCGCCUCGCCCGGAAACAAGUCGAUGCCGAUUUCGUCAAAUGUCGCGAGACAAUGGAGGAGGUUUUCAUAAGGGACGAGGACGGAGUCGUAUCACUCGAGGCAGUCCGUCUGCUGUCGAAGAUGAUGAAGGCGAAGGAAUUCCGCAUCAACGAGACCGUCCUGGAUACCUUCCUCCACCUCCGUUUGCUGUCCGAAUUCUCCCGCAAGGCGUCAAGAGACAGAAUCGAUCGCGAAGAAGAAGAGGAGACCCCGCAAUUCGGCAAGAAGCCCAAGCAGAAGCGCGAGUUCCGCACCAAGCGGGAACGCAAGGUUCAAAAGGAGCGCAAAGCGGUCGAGAAGGACAUGAAGGAGGCCGACGCCCUGGUCUCCCACGAGGAGAGAGACAAGAACCAAGCAGAAACGCUGAAGCUCGUCUUCGGCGUCUACUUCCGAAUCCUCAAGCUCCGCAUCCCCAAGCUCAUGGGCCCCGUCCUCGAAGGUCUGGCCAAGUACGCCCACCUGAUCAACCAGGACUUCUUCGGUGACUUGCUGGAAGCACUCAAGGACCUGAUCGGUCACGCCGAUCGAGCCGAGGAGGAGGAAGAAGAGGAGGAGACAGACGAAACCAAUGAAGCGGAGCCAGCCACGACACGCGACGCUCAGCGCGAGGCCCUCCUCUGUACCGUCACAGCCUUUGCCCUCCUGGAAGGACAAGACGCCAGCAAAGCCGCCAGCACACUCCACCUGGACCUGAGUUUCUUCGUCAAACACCUCUACCGCUCUCUGUACAACCUCUCCAUCAAUCCUGACGUCGAAUUCAACCCUGACAAAUCCCUCCGCCUCCCCGACCCCAACUCCCCCGAAGCAAACCCGGCCCACCGAUCCAGGAAGAAGGUCAACUUCCAAACGCCCAUGGUUCUGCUCCUUCGCUGCUUGCAAUCUACUCUUAUUUCCCGCGCACACGGAAUGCCCCCUCCCGUCCGCCUAGGCUCUUUCUCCAAGCGCCUGAUGACAUCCUCGCUCCAGCUGCCCGAGAAGUCCGCCCUCGCGACACUGUCGCUCAUGAAUCAGGUGGCCAAGCAUAAUGCACGCCGCAUCUCCUCACUGUGGCACAGUGAUGAGCGCAAGGGAGACGGUGUGUUCAAUGCGUACGCUACCGAUAUCGAGGCGACUAAUGUCUUCGCGGGCACGAUCUGGGAGGGAGAGUUGUUGCGCCAGCAUUACUGUCCUCAGGUUCGGGAUGCUGCGUUGGAUGUAGAGAAGAUGAUUGCGACGCGGAAAUAGAGUCAUUGUUUUUAAUUAGCGGGUCAAAUUUAUCUAACUU